AUCAAUGGGGCUCGCACAAAGAGCCACAAAGAGCGUUGGCCGCCCUGAUGCUGCUGCACUAGCUGGAUCAUCUAAGAACUGGCAGCCAGAAGAGGAGGAACAUACCUAGUCAACAAGCGAUUCAUGCUUCUUGACAAAUUGGCUGUAGUCACAGGCGGAGGCGCGUGCGUCCUCAGGCAGGAGUGGGUUACACGCCAGCGGCCUUUCUGCAAUGCAUUCCAGAUUUUAAAGCAAAGCUUGCACUGACAAAGUCUGUGCCAGCUCAGAUGGCGCACUACCAAUGGCGCAAGUUCCAGUUCUUCAACGACGGCACCCCUCAGGGCGACCUCCCAGCCGAACUGCAAAAGCCCCUCCGCUGCAGCAGCUGCGAUCGGAGCUACCUCUUCUUUGGGGGGGCCGAUGGGACGGUGGUCGUGACGGACCGGUCCCUGAAAGUGGUGGCUAAUUUUCCUGCUCAUGGUCACACCGUUUCACAGAUGCAACAGCUGAAGCAGCGGAAUAUGCUGGUGACUGUGGGGGAGGACGAGCCCCCCCCCGCAGGAAAAGUGGGGGUCAGUGUCGUGAAGCUUUGGGACAUGGACAAGCUGGCGGGGGAGGGGGGGGGAGCAGGAGGGGGGCCGCCGUGUCUGAAGACAAUCAAAGUGUUUACGUCCAAGUUUCCAGAGGCGGAGAUCGCAUCCUUCCUUGUUCUGGAGGAAGCCCCCCCCAGCCUGUGGGCCAUCAUUGGCCUGAACAACGGACAGGUGUACCUGCUUCACGGUGACUUUGGACGGGACCGCAUCGUCCGGACACGCCUGGUUGUGGACCCAGGGGAGGAUGACUGGCCCCCCUCUCGAGUGACCGGCCUUACGGCCGCGUCUCAGGGGGGUACGUUGUACCUGUUUGCGGCCACCCUGGACGUGUUUGUGUCAUUCAACCUGGCGCAGAGUGCGCCGCAGAGGCGCCAACUAGACGCCCACGGUUGCCAGCCCCACUGCCUCACCAUGUCCGACGCCAACGAGCCCGUUCUCGGACGUCCGGAAGCCGUCUACUUUUACGAGGCGGACGGGCGGGGGCCCUGCUGGGCGUUCGAGGGGGAGAAGCGCUUCCUGUCCUGGUUCAGGGGGUACCUGCUGUGCGUGACGGCAGAGCCGCGCAACCCCCUGAAAAAUGUGGUCACGGUGUAUGAUCUGAAAAACAAGCUGAUAGCGUACAAUGCGACAGUGGGGGGGGUGCAGCACGUGCUGUCGGGGGGGGGGAUGAUCACGAUCCUGACAGACGAUCACAAGGCGCUGUGUUUGGCGGAGAAGGACAUGGGCAGCAAGCUGGAGAUGCUGUUCCGCAAAAAUUUGUACACCAUCGCCAUCAACCUCAUCCAGGGCCAGCAGGCCGACGCCGCCAGCACCGCUGACGUCAUGCGCAAGUACGGGGACCACCUGUACGGGAAGCAGGACUACGACGAGGCGAUGGCGCAGUACAUCCGCACGAUCGGGCAGCUGGAGCCGUCGUACGUGAUCCAAAAGUUCCUGGACGCGCAGCGCAUCCACAACCUGACGCACUAUUUGGAGAAGCUGCACGAGCAGGGGCGGGCCACCGCGGACCACACCACGCUGCUCCUCAACUGCUACACCAAGCUCAAGGACGUGGCGAAGCUGGACGAGUUCAUUAAGGCGGAGGGCGACCACCGUUUCGACGUCGAAACCGCCGUGCGGGUGUGCCGCGCGGCAGGCUACUACGAGCACGCGCUGUGGGUUGCCAAGCGAGCUGGGGAGCACGAAUGGUACCUCAAGAUUCUGCUGGAGGAUCUGGGGCGAUACGAGGAGGCGCUGAAGUACGUUGGGGCGCUUGCUACGUUUGAGGCGGCGGUCACUCUGAAGCAGUACGGCAAGAUCCUGGUCACGCACCGCCCAGGAGAAACCACCGCCAUCCUUCUUAAGCUCUGCACCCAAGGCCUGGCCCCUGCUCGGGACACAUCCAAUCGACCACCCGCUCCCAACGGAGUCUCCUCAGCAACAGCUCGGGGGGAUCCCCCGACGGCUUCUCCCGAGGCUUCGACGUCGAAGUCAAGCACCCGGGGGACUGCUCCUUCUGAGGCUUCGACGUCGAAGCCGAGUGCCCGGGGGAUCAUACGGGGCGCGGAGGAAGAGAUGGAGCCCAUUCUGCCGUCGCCAAUGGACUUUGUACACGUGUUUGUUGACCGUCCGCGCUGGUUGCUGCGCUUCUUCGAACAGUACAGCGAGCAGGUCAAGGGCUCUCCGUCCGAGGUCCCCAUCAACAACACCCUCCUCGAGCUCUACCUAGCCGACGACCUCCAGGCGACUGCCAUCGCCAAGGCCGCCCUUUCCGGCCCCGUUCCGGUUCCGUCCUCCCUCGAAACGGAAGAAGCGGAACGCGAGCGGAAAGAGCGGCUGAAAAAGGCGCUGGCGCUGCUGAAAGCCGGGUGGCCCCCCCACGAACCGCAGCCAAAGUACGACCCGGAUCUUGCGGUCGUCCUGUGUCAGAUGCACGGGUUUCGGGAAGGGCGGCUGUUCCUCUACGAGAAGAUGCGGCUCUACAAGGAGGUUAUCGCGUCGUACAUGGCGGACAGUGACCACGCGGGCCUGAUCGCGUGCUGUCGGCGGCUCGGGACCGCCAGCCGGGGGGGCGACCCCAACCUGUGGACCGACGUACUGACGUACUUUGGGGAGAAGGGCGGGCCCGACUGCGAGAAGGAGGUGCGCGAGGUGCUGGAGGUGGUCGAGCGCGACCGGCUGCUGCCCCCGCUUAUCGUGCUCCAGAAACUGGCGCUGAACCCGCACCUCCAGCUGGCCACAGUGCGCGACUACGUGGCGCGCCAAAUCGCGCAGGAUACGCGCGCCAUUGAGGAGGACCGGCGGGCAAUUGAGAAGUACAAGGAGGAGACGGCCGCGAUGCGCGCGGAGGUGGCGGAGCUGCGCUCGGCCGCGCGCAUCUUCCAGAACACCAAGUGCACCGCGUGCACGUCGGCGCUCGACCUGCCGGCCAUCCACUUUUUGUGCAUGCACUCCUUCCACCAGCGCUGCCUCGGAGAGAACGAAAAGGAGUGCCCCGUCUGCGCGCCUGCGAACCGCACCGUUCUUGAGAUGAAGAAGAGCUUGGACCAGAAUAGCAACGACCACGACCGGUUCUUCCAGCUAGUUCAGAACUCGGACGACGGCUUCUCGGUCAUUGCGGAGUACUUUGGUCGAGGCAUCCUCAACCGGCAUCCCGCGCCGCAGUCGUCAAUGCAACAAAGUAGCACACGGACAUUAUCCCAAAUCCCCGACUUGGGGCAGCUUGUACUAUCUUGACUAAUAAGAUGGGCACUUGCUCUCCACGUCAUUACCAGGCGGUGGCCUUCGGUAUCUGUUCGUGAUCAGAUUUAUGCACGUUUUUGAUUCGUAUUUCGUCAACGAGGUUGGCUUGAAAGUGAUGGCAGCAUCUUUGACCUGGC